AUGGCAUCAGCAAGUCUACAGUUCUUUGCUUUUCUUCUGGCUUUGUUUGGUGUUUUUGGAGAUAUCACAGCCACCUUGCUACCAAACUGGAAGGUAAACGCAGAUGUGGGUUCAAAUAUUAUAACAGCUAUCACACAGAUGCAAGGACUUUGGAUGGACUGCACAUGGUACAGCACUGGGAUGUUUAGCUGUACCCUGAAAUACUCCGUUCUCUCUCUCCCCAUCUACAUCCAGGCUGCACGGACCACCAUGGUACUGUCUUGUAUCCUAUCAGCCUUUGGGAUCUGCAUCACUACAGUUGGAAUGAAAUGCACAAAGCUGGGAGGGGACACUGACAGCAAAAGUCAUGCUUGUUUUGCUGGAGGAGUCUGCUUCAUUCUUGCAGGAAUCUUUGGAUUAAUACCAACAUCCUGGUACACAAGAGAAAUUAUUUCAAAUUUUCUGGACCAGACCAUUCCAGAGAGCAGUAAACAUGAACCAGGAGGAGCGGUUUAUAUAGGAUUCAUUUCAGCAGGGUUUCUGCUUAUCGCAGGUGUGAUCUUCUGCACUUCCUGUUUUAAAAAGCAGCAAGGAGCAUGGAUUUACCCUCCUAAGGAGCACCAUUUCCCAUCCACAGAGCAGGAGAGCAACGCAGGUUACAACCUGAAGGACUACGUGUAA